AACAUCUUAUUUUUACCAUAGCGCGGUCAAUUUCUAUCCAAUUGGCAUGCAACUAAUGCCAAAAUGUUCAUAAUUCAAUGCCCAAUCUUGUGAUAUGCGAAGGUAUGCGCUCUACCGAGUGCCCGUUCUAGUUACUAAUGCAUUCGUUUGAAAAUAGUAUCUUAAUCUUGAAGUUGAUCAAGUGGGAACUAUUCAUGUAUAGCAACUUAUCAUACUUCAUAAGAUGAAGCUGUGAAGUAACGAGUAAGUAUCGCUGGCAAAGAAAUGUAAUGCAGCUGGGGCAAAUGCUGUAGUACAGUACAAGUGCAUCAAAAAUGGUAAUGAUCAAUGUUUUUUUGCCCUUUUAUUUUGAAGCCACGGUUUCAUUUCCGGUGCCGAGCUGCGUAACCCCGUCCAUCUUGACGUCGCUCCAGUUAAACGGUUCUCCCGCUCCCUCUUCCAUCAGAGGCGCUUCAUCACUCCUCCGUCCGCCUGUCACGCCCUGCGGCCGUGGGAAUAAGACGUUGAAUUUGUUUUUACAUCGCCUUUACGGAGAAGAAAAAACAAAAUGGCAAGCAGCUUCUCCAGAAUCCUGUCCUCCAAACGGAGGAUCGGGGUCCUGACGUUCGUGGGGGGCUCGGUAACGGCCGGUUUUCUGCUCUACCGGCAACGUGUCGGCGGAGCGCCGGUGCGCAGAAGCUACCCGGCCAGAGUCCAAAUAAAACUCCAACGCGGUCACCCGGCAACCGUGGAAGAGCCAUGCACGGGAUCACAUCACCCAGGACCCCUCAAACCCCUCGGACCCCUCGGACCCCUCAAACCCCUCUGACUCCUCGAACCCCACCUCCAUCGAGGAAGCGUGUUUUCCCUGUUGCCCAGAGCCCCGUGGCGAGUGGAUCUCGUGACCUCGGUCGGGCUCUGAGAGGAAGUCCGUUCAGAUCUCCAGCCCGACAGACUCUCGCGUUGGAGACGCCCACCGAGGAGAGCCCCCUGAGGAGCCCCCUGAGGAGCCCCCUGAGGGGGAUCCUCAGGACUCCGGUCAAGGCGGACUCCGUCUCCGGACCACAUCUUCUCAGCAGUCCGCUUUUGAAGACGCCGAAGAAAAGCGUCACGUGGUCUCCGUCGCCUCAGAAGCGCCUAGCGGCGGCGGACGACGACGCCGCUGCUUUCAAAGUGCCGGAUUCUCCCCGCGCCGCGUCCCCCAGACUGUCGAGAACUCCCAAGGAGCUCGGCUCGCCGGCCGCCGAGGACGCACGCACCACGAGAGACAUUUUCAAAACCCCGGAUAAGACUUGUCAAGUGAGCCUCGUCAGGGUUUCGGAACAUGUCCUGUCGUCGCGUGAAAAGAAUCCGAGGUCGUCUGAAAAACUUUCCGACGGGACGCAGACCCCUCAGAAGGACACGCCUCCCCCACAAUGCACCCCGCCUCCGGCCCACCGCCGCUCGCCCCUCAUGGGAACUCAACCCCAGACCCCGAGUCCUCCUCACAAAAUGCUGACUCGCUCCGGACGAACUCCGGGUAAAAGCUCCGCCCCCUCACCCGCGUGUGAGCCGGUAUCCACACCAGCGGACCUUUCGGAAACAUCGGAGACAUCGGGGAGGUCUCCGGGGAGAAUGCGGUCGGGUCACGGCGCCCGAACCCCCGGACGGGACUCGACGCCCCGGCCGGGCGAGAACGUUCCCGCAGAAUGUGACCGGCACCGCGACCCGGCGGAGACGUCGACGAACGAGGCGGCGCGAGCCGAACCGGACUCCGGUUCCCACGGCAACUCGCAGCAGCCGGACUCGUCGCGCUCCGACGACGACGGCAUGGACAUCGUGGACGCCGCCGUGGUGAAGACCCAGUUCAGCGGCGGCAUCAAGAUGAACAUCAGCUUUUCGCGGAAGCCCUCGAAGUCCGGCGAGGACGCGUCGCCGAGCGACGGAGGAGACGCGGCGCCCCGGACCUACGGCUUCCGGCAGACCCCCGAGCGGCAGCAGAGGGAGGCGGCCGCUCGCCUGGGCUACGGGAACGAACCCGCUCGGUUCUCCGCGCCUCGGGGCCCGGCGAGGCCGAGGGGCGCCGCCGCUCCGACGCCGCUGACCUACCAGGUGGAGCUGGAGAUGCCGACGUCGGGGCUUCCCAAGCUCAAGAUCAAACGCACGGACUCCGCCUCGGACGGCGGGCCUCGGUCGGGGGUCCGAGGCCCGCCUCCGCCGGAAAGCCCCGUGGCGCUGCUCUCCAAGCACCGAGACCCCGGCUGCGUCUCGCCGUCUGUCUGCGCUCACGUCACGCCGGCCAAGAGCACGCCGGGGAAAGGCGGAGGCGUCCAGACGUACAUCUGCCGGUCCUACACGGCGGCCACGGCGGACCUCAUCCCGCUGACUCCUUCGCCUCAGAGCGGCGGGAAGGCGACGCCGGACAACUUCAGCAGCUGGCCUCGCCGCAAGAGGGCUCAGAUCGGCGUGGGCGGAGCCAAGGAGCACCGCGGGCCGAAGGGCGAGCCGCCGCCGGAGGAAGCCGAGCUCGGAGUCGGCAGACUGCAGCAGGACGGCGAGGACGAGGCCUCCAGCCAGAAGGCGGCGGGGGUUUUUUCUCUGGCUUCCAAGCGCUCGCCGCCGGCCGGAGAAGACGCGUCCCCUCUUUCUCCGGUGGAGGACUCGUACUGGACGGAGAAGCUGGCGCAGCACGCCGCCGCCGCCGAUCCUCCGAGAGCGGACGAAGACGUCGUCUGGGCCGCCGGGGACGUCAAGUCGGCGACGCCUCCCAACUCGAAGGCCAGGAAGUCGGUGACGGCGAGCGGGAUCCUGGCGCUCACUCGCUCCCCGCUGCUGUUCAAGAGCCAAACGGGCUCCUCUAGGAGGAGGACUCCCACUUUUAAAGACGAGGCGUCAUCGGGGAGGACGGCGGCCGUGGAGGGAGAGGACGGCGCCCCCUUCAGCCGGCCGAGCCGGCGCUCCAGCUCGGGGAAGAACUGCAGCCGGAAGAGGCUGCUGCACUGACCCGGGAAAACUGUGACGCCGGGAGCCUUUUGAUUGGUCGGGAGCUUUUUAAUUGGCCGGGAAACUUUUGAUGUUCAGGAGCCUUUUGAUUGGCUGGGAGCUUUUUGAUUUGCCGGGAACUUUUGAUGUUCAGGAGCCUUUUGAUUUGCCGGGAGCUUUCUGAUUGGCCGGGAACCUUUUGAUUGGCCGAUCUGAGAGACUCCUUUGGAGCACCACUUGAAGAGGCCUUUGAAGACGAAUGAAUGUCCCUCUCAGUCUCCUCUCCGUUCUCUAACCGCUGGCUUUUUUGUUUUAAUCGGCACAUUUCAAAGAUCGCAGAGAUGAAAAGCUGCAUUUCCUCUUUCAAAAUACACCUUUUGUUUUCCUCACGUGUCUCUGUGAAGCUUUUAGAUUUUUAUUUUAAAGAGCUGAUUUGCAAUCGAGGCUUAAGUUUGUUGAUAUAAAUACUAUUCAUGUUUAUUUAUUUAUUUGGUUUAAGUGAAAGGGAAGGUCCUAAUGACGGAUUCCGAUUGUAAAUAUCUUAUGUUGCCAAAGUCGUGUGUAAAUAAAUAUCAGUUUUCUUAAUUAA